CAACUACCCAACUUCCGGCGGAUUCUUCUUUGGCUGGAAGACGAUAAUUUUCCCGGAGUUUUGGAUGGAUAAACAAGACCGUGGAGUGGCCAAAACGCCGAGGAAAUAUAGCCCUGAUGGAUUCAUGCAUGAGGGAUGAAGACUCUGGGAACAUGAGAGAUUCAAUCCACAGUGUGCUGCAAUCAGUGCCACUAGGGCUGACCCUGGGCCCCUCUCUGGCCAAAGAUGGACAGCUGGGUCUGUGGUGUGUUGGGCGAGUAUUAGAGAAAGACACUCUUCUUGGUCUGGAGAACCCUGACAAAAUGCUCAGGCAGGAAAAGUCUGAGGAGGGAUUGCAAAACACAUGCCAAAAUGUGUUUAAAGGACAAAUAUCAGAUGAAAUGUACUGGAUGAGGUUUGCCUGCAGGGCUCAGAGUGAGGAAGAGAGGAAUGUCAGUGUGUAUGAGGUGGAUGGAAGGCUAUGCCUCAGGGUCUGUCAGGACAUUGCACCAGGUAAAGAACUGCUUCUAUGGGGAUAUCAACAAGAAGCCUCACUUGAGCUUGUUGAUAAGGAAGAAGAAACAACAGCCAUACAAGUAAAAGCCUGUGAACACGGUACACCCAGCACAGAGCAAGAGGAGCCUUUGGAGUCCAUCCCGUUAGUUCAACUUUCAGGCUGUGCAGAUCCAGUUCUGAGUGGUUUAGAACAGAAUGCAGAGACAGAUGUCUCACAAGAGGGACCAAAACCUCCGAUUCAGAGGAAACCUAAAAUUAUGGAGAAAAGAAAUGUGCUGGACUGUGCCCUGGAGCAGAAUGGUGCAGAUGAGGCAUGUAGGGAGAGUGAAGCUGAGCAGACUGAGGAGCUUACUCACGGCAUCAGUGUGACUAAAUCACAGGCCCUGAAUUCAUCAGAACAGCUAAAGCCAGAGAGAAGCCAGAGAGCCAGCUUUCGCCUUGCAGCUAAACCUCGAAAAGUGCAUGCCACAGCCAACCGUAUCAACAAGCGACAAGAUCUAACGAACAUGUCAGUCCAAAGCAGCACAAAAAAGCUCUUAAAUGUAGCUGAGACGAGUACUGGCAAAAGACAAGUGAGUAACAAUUCUUCAAUGAACAAAGACAACACAAUGCAAAAAGAGUGUGCAAACGUGGAGCCCAGCAAAAGCCAACAUAAGCAGAAGUCUCAAGAUCUUCCUCAUUUUAACAUACGAGAGAGGAAGUACAAAUGUGACCAGUGUGACAAGAGCUUCUUUCAGCUGUGCCAUCUGAAGAAACACAAAUUUACACACCAAGAUCAGAAGCCGUAUAUGUGCACAGAGUGCGGUAAACACUACAGUUCACAGGAAAGCUUCCAAGCCCACCUGCUAAUGCACCGUGGUCAGAGGCCCUUCAAAUGCCAACACUGUGACAAAAGCUAUGGCUUGAAACGUGAUCUCAAGGAGCACCAGGUGCUCCACACAGGUGAGAAAAAAUUUGUCUGUGACAUCUGCGGAAAAGCUUUUGCCCGUCGACCCUCACUACGCGUCCACAGAGAAGUCCAUCGGGCCAAAGAGCCUGACUACCAGGCUUCUAAGAUCAAGUGCCCGGAGUGCAAUAAAGAACUAGCUAAUUCUGGCUCUUUGAGGAACCAUAUGCGUCUACACACUGGCGAACGGCCCUAUGUCUGCCAGCAUUGCAACAAGAGCUUUCGUCAACGUGGCAAUCUGCUGGGACAUAUGCGCAUUCAUACCGGAGAGAAACCCUACAAGUGCAAUCACUGUGACCAACACUUUUCUCAAGGACCUGAACUGCGCAGGCAUCUGAUUUCACACACAGGCGAGGUGUAUCUGUGUCCUGUGUGUGGUAAGGCUUUACGGGACCCUCACACACUACGGGCCCACGAACGUCUGCACACAGGAGACAGGCCCUUUAAAUGUGAACAAUGUGGGAAAGGGUACACAAUGGCGACCAAGCUACGGCGCCACUUAAAAUCUCACCUGGGGGAGAAGCCACACGAGUGCCAGGUGUGCGGAGCCAAAUACACAAUGAUGCAGAGUCUACAGCGGCAUCUCCAUUCACACAAACAACAAUCAGACUCUGGUCAUGGAUUGCCAAUACGAGGUCGACCCAAAAGGUCAAGCCGUAAAGCAGGGGAUGAGGCAGGAAAUAGUGACUGCAUCAGAUUUGAAGAUGGACAGGCUGUGACAUACGUUCAAACUCCUGAGGACUUCACAAUGUUGUCACACCCAAACAAUGUAAUUUUGGACUCUGGACCAUUCCACCAUGGCACAAUUGUUUUGGAAAAAGGAGUGGAGAAUACUAUUGAACGAAUUGAACUCAGUCAGGAGGUUAUUGAGAUUAUGGUCUCAGAUAGCAAUACUAGGUGUAUAGUAGUCCAGGAACAGCCUUCUGAUGUCAGAUGUAUAGAGGAAAUGGAAGCUAAUGCCCAGUGUAUUGUUAUGCAAGAACAUGAUGCCAGCACCAACUGUAUAGUACUUCCAGAACAGGAUGCAAAUAAUUGUUUGGUCAUAUUAGAAGAUCAGGAUGGUCUAAGCUCAGUGGUGGAGACUGUAGAAAUAGAGACAGAAGUGUAACAUUAUUGUUUCAAUUUUAAAUAUAGCAAAAGCGUGUCUAUCCCCAUUAAGUCUUAAUCCAAAGGAAAAACAACAUAAGACUCAAACAGUAAUUUUACACUUUUGUAAAUUAAAUGUAUCAGCUCUGUUGAAUUAAAGGCUUGCUGUUCUUUCAUUUAUUUUCAGGACGGUUUGCAGUAGAUAUCAGUAAAUAUUGACUCCUGUGUGCAAUGGACCUUGUUUCAUCACUGUUUAUACAGACAUUGUACACGUACAUCUGCAAAAACAAAGCUAAAAAUGAGCUCAUUUAAGAGUGAAUUCCAUGAUUUAUAAAAUGUCAUCUAUUUUGUUGAAGAAAUUAUCACAUCCUUCACAAGCUGUUAUCAUGAUUUGCUAUGCGUGUUCUUUUUAAGUAUAUAAAUUCAUAACAAAAGGCAGUUAGAGCAAGGUUAAACUAAUGAUAUCCAGAGCUCUAAUUCGGCUCUACAGCUACAUUCUGUAGAUAAGUUCAUUAUUUUAUGAUGUAAACCAUUUUAUUUCAUAGACAGGACUCUGUUUAUUGGUAAACCAGCAAUACAUUAAUAUAAAAAAAUAAAAAAAUAAAACAUAUUUAGGCUACUUGUUGUGAAGGACAAAUCACUGCAUAGAAUAUUUAAACACUUCAAAACAGGUUUAUAGAUUUCAGCUAAAUGGAGUGUGUUCUCAAAUAAAUAAUGACUUGCUUUGGAGAUAUAAAGCUGUCAUGUAAUCACCUUGUUUAUAUGACAUGUAUCUAUGAUU